GAUUUGCAUCAUGUUUUUUUUCAAUUCUUGCAUGAGGAUUACAUUCGGUCUUUUUUUUACAUCGGUUAUUUCAAAAUUUAAAUUAUGAAUUCGGCGGCAAGAUAUUUGAAUAGAUUCGUUCUUAAACCAGGUGGAUUUGCUCAAUUGCGUCGAUCAAAUCCUCUGUUUUUACAAUUUCAUAGUGAGCAUCAGUCAUGGAAUGUUCAACAUCAACAAUUUCGUUAUAGACAUUCGGCUAGAUUGAAUACAGUUGUCGUAUUCGUUCCGCAACAAGAAGCUUGGAUCAUCGAACGUAUGGGACGUUUUAAUCGAAUAUUAGAUCCUGGGGUUAAUGUUCUUAUACCUGUUCUGGAUAGCAUCAGUUACGUUCAAAGUUUAAAAGAAAUUGCCAUUGAUAUUCCGCAACAGUCAGCUGUCACAAGUGAUAAUGUCACAUUACAUAUUGAUGGCGUUCUUUACUUGAAAGUUAUCGAUCCUUAUAAAGCCUCAUAUGGUGUUGAAGAUCCGGAAUUCGCUAUUACUCAACUUGCACAAACAACGAUGCGAUCGGAAAUCGGUAAAAUUCAUUUAGAUUCGGUAUUCAAAGAACGUGAAAUGCUUAACAUCGCUAUUGUCGAAUCGAUCAAUUUGGCCAGCAGCUCUUGGGGUCUAACAUGUAUGCGUUAUGAAAUUCGAGAUAUAACGUUACCUGCAAGAGUUCAGGAAGCUAUGCAAAUGCAAGUUGAAGCAGAAAGAAAAAAACGUGCAGCCAUUCUUGAAUCUGAAGGUAUUCGUGAAGCCGAAAUCAAUGUUGCUGAGGGUAAAAAACAAUCUCGAAUUUUAUCAUCUGAAGCUAAUCUUACAGAACAAGUUAACGAAGCAAAAGGUCUAGCCGAAGCAACUAAACUUAAAGCGGAAGCUAAAUCAAAAGCCAUACAUAUUGUUGGACAAUCAUUGCGUUCGAUGGAGGGAAGUGAUGCAGCAAGUUUGAAUAUUGCCGAGCAAUAUAUUGGUGCUUUUUCAAAAUUGGCCAAAACAGGAAACACAUUGAUCUUGUCAUCGGAUGCAGGAGAUGUGGCUAAAAUGUCAGCAAAUGCCCUUCAAGUAUAUAAAACUUUGUCUCGUCCAGAACGGAUUGAUGAAGAAUUGGAAGAAGAUCCGGAAGAAUAUUUUAGCAAUCAAGAAGAAAAUGAAAAGAAAUAAAUAAAUAAAAAUUUAAUUUUCAUUUGUACAGAAUAAUAAAAAAAUUUACAAAUUAUUG